UUUACAUAUCGAUUUUACGUAUUACACAGAUUUUACAACAAUAAUCACACAAAUCCCAUUCUAAAUGCGGUAGCCGGCUCAAAAUGUUGAAAAGCUUGAAGCAGGAAAGUGCGGAGGAGCUCUUAGCUUGCCGCAUAUGUCUCGCAACCGACACUCAUUUGUAUGGAAUUUUGGAGCACCGAUUGGAAAAUGCUUUCAUUGAUAUUACAGGGACUACCCUGUCGGCAUGGGACGGCUACCCGCAACACAUCUGCGUGCCGUGCCGCGCGCUGCUGCGCCGCGCGAGCGACCUCCGCGCCCGCUGUCGCCGCGCGCAGCGGGCACUCAAGAGGAUCCUCAUGUUACAACAUACGAUAACAACUGGCUACAUUCGUACAGUGGACCGUAUAGCUGAGGGCCUAAGUCUGCCUCUUUCCAUCUCUGUCUGUCCUGAGCCUGUACUCUUCCAAUACGAUGACACUGACGAUCUUAUAAAAGAGGAGAUCCCCCUCCUCUCCCCGUCCCCGCUCCCCUCCCUCCCCUCCCCCCCCAAAGACGACAUCGUAGUGAAAGACGAGCUGCCUUGCGAGUAUGAAUCCAACGAUGACGUCGCGCUGAGCGAACUGCAGGAAAAGCCUAAGGAACAUAAGGAGAAGAGGAAAAAAGUUUUAAGAAAAUCGAAGACGAAAAAAACGAAGACUGAGCAAGUGAAGAGUAGAGAACGGAAAAAGACGGAGAAGAUACGGGAUGAAGACUUUCCCGCGUUCGAGAAGGAAUACAACUUCGAUGUCGUCAUACUAUCGCGGGAACAGCAGAUUGAAGACAUGGCGUCGCGAAAAGAGAAGGACAACUAUAUGAACUCGCAGUUCAAAUGCGAGAAAUGCUUUAAGGGGUUCUACACCGAGGCCACGCUCGCCAACCACGACUCGAAACAUCACGAUGAGGCUGUAGGUCCCCACUCGUGCGAGCUUUGCCUGUGCCGGUUCCGUAUUCCAGCCAUCCUGCGGCGCCACCUCGCCACGCACCGGUUAAGAUUCGUGUGUCAGCACUGUGGCUUCACCGCCAGAGACAGGUCGCACGCCAUGACUCACUCCAAAGAGCACAAGGGUCUGCGUUACGAGUGCCAACACUGCGGAGACACCUUCAAAAAGCGGUCAACGUACGGCACCCACGUCCGCAUCCAGCAUCCCAACCAGAACAAGUCGUGUGACGUGUGCGGAGAAACGUUCCUCGGAGCACUCGGGCUCGCGCUACACAAGAAGAAAUCGCAUCGACAGGUGGUGGAACAAGGCGCGGCGCACUGCGCGCAGUGUGGCGUGUGCUUCGAGAGCGAGUACGCGCGCGCGCGACACACCGCGCUCGCCGUCCAAGGCUGCCAGCACGCCAGAGCAUGCGCACUUUGUGGAGAGAACUUCAAGGACGAACCGGCGCUGCAGGCACAUGUGAGAGAGAGACACCAAGAUCGGCAGACGCAGUGCCAGGAGUGUGACAUGACGUUUGCUAGCGAGGCGUCCCGCAGCGUGCACUACGAGCGAGUCCAUCUCAAGGUGAAAGUGCGCCGCUGCCUGCCCAAGACGGGGCGCAAGUACGAUCGCUACGGGGACCACUUCAUGUGUGAAAUGUGCGGCAAGAAGUGCCAGAACAACAUCGCCCUGAAGUACCACAUCCGCUCUCACACAGGGGAGAAGCCGCACGCCUGCCCGCACUGCCCGAAGCAUUACUCUACGCCCGUCGCGCUGCAGUACCACAUCCGGUCGCACACGGGGGACAAGCCGCUGGCGUGCCCGCACUGUCCGCUGCGUUACGCCACUCACAAGGGACUGCAGACUCACUUGCUCAAGCACACAGGCGAGCGCCCGUUCAAAUGUGAGCUGUGUGGGAAGGCCUUUACACAGAAGACCAUGUUACAGAAACAUAAAACGGUACACACUGGUGAGAAACCAUACGCGUGCGACAUAUGCGGCAAGGCGUUCACCCAGUCGGGCUCCGUGCACACGCACGUCAAGUACGUGCACAAGAAGCUGCCCGCGCCGCCGCGCAACCGCGGCAAGCGAGACAAGCCCGACUGACAUACGCACUACUGACAUACAACUUACACUUCGCCGGUUUGAGCCGGCUAAUUAUAUUACUAGUCGCCCCAUUUUGCGACGUGUAUAGCUUUCUUUAAAUAGGCUGACUGACAUAUUUUUGCCAUUUAUUUUGCCAUUUUGAGAUUGGUCUUAUUUAUAGUAAAAGUUGCUGAGUAUGAAUAUACUUAUUAUAUUCAUCUUGCAAAUUAUGGCUAAAGGUUGAAAAAGGUGUACAUUAUACAUUUAGUAUUUAGAUGUGACUUCGGGAUAUUUAAUAAGAUAUAUGAUAAAUGAA